UCUUAGAAAACACAACUAUACCUAUUUCAUACCGUUGAUCAGUUAACUGUUAAAGCACACGGAUCACAAUACAAGCCGUCCGAUUAAACAUAAUUAGUCGGCUCCAUCUCCUAUAUAAAAUACUUCACCUCCAACAAUAAUAAAGUUUUCUGCUAGUUGUCUUCACCAAGAAAGAGAGAGAAAUAAGGAGGAGAAAAACGUUUCAAAUUCAAGCAAAGAAAUUUAGCGCAGAUGGCCCGUACCAAGCAAACCGCACGUAAGAGUACUGGAGGAAAGGCUCCCAGGAAGCAACUUGCAACCAAGGCUGCCCGUAAAUCUGCCCCAACUACUGGAGGAGUGAAGAAGCCUCAUCGUUACCGUCCUGGAACUGUGGCACUUCGUGAAAUCAGGAAGUACCAGAAGAGUACUGAGCUUUUGAUCAGGAAACUGCCAUUCCAGAGAUUGGUUCGUGAGAUUGCCCAAGAUUUCAAGACUGAUCUUCGUUUCCAGAGUCAUGCUGUGUUGGCUCUUCAAGAGGCUGCCGAGGCUUACCUUGUGGGUCUAUUUGAGGAUACUAACCUCUGCGCCAUCCAUGCCAAGCGUGUGACCAUCAUGCCCAAGGACAUUCAACUUGCUCGUAGAAUCAGGGGUGAACGUGCAUAAGCUUGCCUUUUCAAGCUUCUUUUGCAAUGUCGUUGUUGCUGCUCUACUUAUUACUAUAGUUAUAGUUUGAUCUAGGUUUAAUUCAGGACCAAGAAUAGGUGUUGGUUUUUGUUGGGUAUGAUGAAGAUUGUGGGAUGAUUGUGUUGGUUGAUGGUGAUGGUGAUGGUGAUGGUGGUGUUACAGAGAAGAAGUUGAACUCUAUAUAUUUGGUGUUUUGUUAUUAUGUUGCUGAUUUCUGGCUUUCUGGGAUGUCAUACUGAUUUUGUGUGGAACAUUCAUCUAAUGUAGUUUAUAUAUUCAGUUGAUCGUUCGUUA